UUUCCCUCCUGACCAUCAUGUGCUACGACCGCUACGUUGCCAUCUGCAAACCCCUGCACUACGGGACCCUCCUGGGCAGCAGAGCUUGUGCCCACAUGGCAGCAGCUGCCUGGGCCUCUGGGUUUCUCAAUGCUCUGCUGCACACAGCCAAUACAUUUUCCCUGCCCCUGUGCCAGGGCAAUGCCCUGGGCCAGUUCUUCUGUGAAAUCCCACACAUCCUCAAGCUCUCUUGCUCAGGCAAACACCUGAGGGAAGUUGGGCUUCUUGCUUUUAGUGCUUUUCCUUUUUUGGAAUGUUUUGUUUUCAUUAUUUUCUCCUAUGUGCAGAUCUUCAGGGCUGUGCUGAGGAUCCCUGCUGAUCAGGGACGGCACAAAGCCUUUUCCACGUGCCUCCCUCACCUGGCUGUGGUCUCCCUGUUCCUCAGCACUGGCACAUUUGCCUACCUGAAGCCUCCCUCCAUCUCCUCCCCAUCCCUGGAUCUGGCCCUGUCAAUUCUGUACUCGGUGGUGCCUCCAACACUGAACCCCCUCAUCUACAGCCUGAGGAACCAGGAGCUCAAGCAUGCCCUCAGGAAAAUGAUGACUUAUUGUUUUCUGCAAGCACAGACCAACUGCUUCCUGUGCAGUGACUUCCAGGGUACAUCAUGA